AUGAGUGAAGUUAAUUCUGAAGAGGAAAUAGAUGAGUAACACCCUACAAAAAUAACUGAUACCUCUCCAAUCAAAAAAGGGGACUUCAUGACUUAUUCUCAAUUAUAGAAGAAGAUCAACAGUGUAAUACCUGAUGAAGAGACUGUCUCUUACAAUACAUCAGCUGUGCAGAAUAGUCAACUUACUUAUUCUAUGAGUUAAUUCGAAAAGUCAAAUCUUGUUAAAAUCGAAGAAGUUAAUGAGAGUUAACACUCUGUAUUUUCUUAAUUGCAGCAAUCUCAUUUUAUUUCCGAUAACAAAGAGAGCUAAAAAAGGGAUUAGGAAAUUGAGAUACUUAAGUAGUAAAAUGCUAAAUAAUAGAAAGAUAUUGAGGAACUUUAGGGGACUAUUUAAAAAUUGCAAGUCCUUCAAAAAGGAGAAAUUGAGUAAUUGCAUUGUUAAUUGGAUGAAAAGGAUAAAAUUAUAGCCAGAUUAACAUAAUUCGAAGCAUUUACAUAAGAAUAGCAGAAGAUGAUUAAUUAAAAAGAGAAGCAAUUAAAAGAUUUAAAAGAAUAAUAUGAAAUUAGAACUUACAAUUUAUAAUAGAUUGUUAAUGAUCAAACAGAAUCAAUUAAGACUUUGCAUAAAUAAAUUAGCCCAUCAAAUAAUAACUCUUAGAUUGUUCAUUCACCUAAUUUGGUUGAAAAGAUUCGUCUCAAACAAUAGAAUCUAAAAUCUUAAUUCGAAGAACUCUCUAAAUUAUAUGAUGAAGUUAUUUGUGAAACUCCACAAACUCCAACAUCUUCAAAGAAAUAAAUUCUAAUUAGAACCCCAUCAAAGUCGAUUCAUUUAAUUCAAUCCCCCUAGCAAUCGAAUUCUGAGCAAAAACCAACAUUAAUAUGA